ACGUCUAUGCAAUAUGCUGGUGUUCCCUUAUUAAUUUCCAUGACUUCUCCAAGCUCUCCGCCAUUAUUUUCCCUUGUCACAACAAUCAAGCUUGCAUUCUAUAAUGUACUGUCCUGUUUCUGGCCUCGUUCAGAGGCUCCACCAGUGAGAACCCUGACUCGUUCCACAAGAAUAAUGAGUUACAGGGUGCUCGAAAGCUGGUGGAGCUGGUCUGGUCAUCAAGCAGGGGAUUGCUUACCAAUUUAUCUCCAUGGUUGUCAAAUUGAGGUGCAAAGUUACCAAUCAAAGGCUCCACUUAGCUUGGGGAAGACAGUCCUCGGUCUCACAUUCCAGGCCAUUGUUGGCUUGACUCUUGCAUCUAAUCCAGGCCAACCUGAUCAGGAUCAGGAUCAGCCACAUUUGCUGCCCUUGCAUAUGGUUGGAGUGGCUAUGGUGAUUGCUUUUGCAGCUUGUUUCUCUGCCAUUUUUCUAACGCGUGCCUAUCCAAGGGCUGCAAGCCUCAUUGAAAAAAUUGGGUCUGUUUCUGCUGCGCUCGGGUUUUUCCUAAUGACAAGUAUUUUCCUCUCAAAUAUCUUCAUAUGGAUUUGCUGGCUAGCGUGUGCUUUUUCCUUGCUAGCCUUUACCUUAGCCUUCACCCUUAAGUCUUAACUACUAGAUAGUUUAGUAUUGUGUAGUAGUGUAAACUGCCGUCGUUUGAUACCACAAAAGAAAAAAUCCCAAAAAAACCAAAAAGUCCAAAACCC